UAUUCUUUCAUUCUUCCACUUUCAGACCAGCAGAGCUUAGAGAACCUCUUUAACACCUUCACUGAAGACCUGAAUGAUCAAGGAAGAAAAUGGCUUUCCAAAUUGUGAAGACUACUCAAAGUCUCACCACUGCUGAAGACAUGAGAAACCAAACCAAGCUUGUAAUGCAGCCCUACGCCAACUGGGAGGAAUACCUUGCUCCUGCACCACUCUCUAUAGCCAUACUGGGAGAACUGGUCUUCAUCUCCUCCCAAACUGAUUUCUCUAUAAACAAAAACCCACCCAAAAGCGGCUACAAGCACAUCAGAUACCCAGAUUCAUUUCGCGCCUGUCUCAUGCAAGUGUGCAACUCUGGCUGGUGGGCUUUCAAUGAAGCUCACAAGAACAUGGAUCAGAUUCGGCUCCACACCAUGACGGUCCCAGACCACAUGAAGAGCGCUGUGAAGAUUCUGUUCCAGGGAAAUGAUGAAGUUGUUCAAGCCCAUCUUCCUGAUCAGCUGGAGAACAUUCGUGUCAUUGCAGAUGACUGUCUUGCUCUGGCUGGAUCAACAGAGCAGCGUUUCACUGAUGUCAUCAAUAUUAUCCAGGAGCUGCUGGAAGCAUGUAUAAAUGCAGAGCACUUUUAUGGAGAAGAGCUGGAAGAAAUCAAGAAAAAAGUAGAGGAGAACAAAAUGAGAAAACAGACAUCAGACGAAGCGGUUAAACGCUCUGAGAAAGCAUUAAAAGCCAUGGAAAAGGCACUGGAUGAAGCACAAGAAGACUACAAAGCAGCAAUGGAUUCCCUACCCAGUGGAUGGGACAUGAUUGGUAUGGAUAUUGCUGAAGCCAUGACUGAAAACAUCUCAAAUAUCGUCAUAGGAAUGACAUCUGUAAUUGCUAGUCCAGCGAACCUAAUGCGAAACACUUUAAAACUUACGAAUCCAGUGUCAUUCAUAGAUGUAAACAGAUGGAAAGACCCUGCAGAUGGAGUUGAUAAAAUAAACAUCUACAGCAAGUCUGCAGAAAUCCUGAAAUGGGCAGAGAGGAUUCAGCAGUUUGUGCAGCAGAAUGGCAUUGACUGGAAGAGCCUGUAUGAUCAGAAGAAGAAAACUGCCAAUACAAUAUUCCUGAAAAAACAGUUCAUGAGAAUCAACAGCAGUUUACAAAAAAACCCAACCUGCAAUGCAAAGAAGCGUGCCCAAGAGAUAUGUAAAGAGGCCAUUGCCAUCUGUGAUGAAAUGGCAAUAUAUGCACCAGAGGGAAAAUGUGAAGAAGCUAAAACAAAGCAGCUGAUCAAGAAAAUCAGAAAACUGACUGAAUCAGCUCGAGCUUUUGACUCCAAGAGCAAAGAUGUUACAAAAUCUCCUUCUCUGACUCCAAAACCACCAAUGAUGUUUAAAGAAGAGAGUCAAUCUGAGAAGAAAAGUGCUUCACUAAGGGCAACUGAGAACACCAGGUUCCGCAUAGAGCAGAGCCGAGCUCAACUCAACAACACCAGAGGAUCCUAUGAGAAGAGUGUGGAGAACAUGGAGAAGAACCAAAAAGAACUGACUGAAAUCCUGAUCACCAUGAGAAACUGUGAAGUCAAGGAGAUAGACUUCAACACCACCAUACAGAUGCUGGUUAAAGGGAUGGAUGCGAUGGGGAGGGUGAAGGAGCAGUGGGAAAAGAUGGUGCGUUUCUUUCAGAUGGUGUCCAACAUUGUGAAAACCAGUCUGACCAGAACUCUCAAAAAUUUUGUUUCCACAUCUGAGAAGACUCAAUCUCUCUCCUACAACUCAAAGCUCUUCUCCAAAGAUCUGCUCUACAAUCAAGCCUUUCAGGCCAGUAACAUCGCCAGCCUCGUCCACAUGAUCUCAGCAACCUACACUGACGUCUCUGAGAAGUACCUGAUGGAUCGGGUCAGCUCACUGGGGAAACUUAUGGCCAUGGAUAAGGAAAAGCCAGAGUUUGAACAGGAGCGUCUGCAGCUGCAGAACUCCUGUGAUGAAGCUCAAAAAGGCAUUUUGAGUCUCGUCCGUAAGAAUAAGGAUGAGUUUGAAAGGAAGACCAACGCAAGACUGGAGAAGAUUGAUAAAGAGCUGCUGGCUAUUCUUCCCGAAGCCGAUCCAGAAGUUGUGAAGAGUAUUCAAGCAGCUGUUGAGAGUGGAUUCACAGAGGAAGAAGAAGGAGCUUAUAUUUAAGUUAAUCUGCAAAAGGCUUCUCCACUUAACUCCAAUACCAUGUUGAUGCUGAUAACAGUUUUUUUGCUUUGAUGUUUCACACAUUAAUUUGUCUUAAAGGAUUUCUUUGCUGAUUUUUACCAUCAUUUUCAUAUCAUUGUUUUUCGUUUUUCAUUAUUGAUUGUUUGUGAGAUUUCUUAUUGUUAAAAAUGUGUGGUGUAGGGCAUGUAAUCUGUAAAUAUAUAAAUCGCUUUCUACAAAAGCGUCUGCCAAAUGUAAUUUAAUGUAAUUGCAUGUUUAUUACUCAUUUGGUCAUCAAUGAAAAUAAUUCCUGUGUAAAAAAUGAAUUAAAGGAAGUGAUUUGGGAGGCCCCUAAACAUAGCACUACUGAUUAAACAUUAAAUCACUAAAUAUAUACUUUUUUCCACAAAAGACGAGCAAGCACUGCGGGUGGUAAGCUAAUUCUGCUGCUGCAGCUGGAGGUGAUGAUUCAAAACUGUACUGUGUAUAUACGCCGUAACUCUGCAACACCUUGGAGGAGUGAUACAGGUUUAGUGUGAGAAGGCUGUGAUGUUAUCACAAAUAUCAGCACAGCUAGAAUACUUCUCAACCAAUCAGAUUGUGAGGUCGGAACUAACUGUUGUAUAAUUUGAUACAUUUUGAAUAAUGAAUAAUCAUAGGGACAGCCAUGUCACUGAUUUUAAUGUAGCCAAUUAUAACUUGUGUAUUCCACUGAAGUUAAUUUACAUGUAAUGUACAUUUGAGUAUAAUUGUUAAUGCAAAAACAGUAAAGUUAGAC